AUGCUUCACAGAGGCAGGGACUGGAAGACAGCAGCCUCCUCUUCUACCAGAGACCCAGCUGGCAGAGGAGACUCCGGGAAGAAGACUCCGAUAGUAGUCCCCAUCGCCUGCCUCAACCCCUACCAGACUACAUGGACCAUCAGGGCCCGGGUCACCAAAAAGAACAACAUCUGUCCUUGGAGCAACUCAAGACAAAAGGGAAAAUUAUUCUACUUCGAUAUCGUGGACGAGAGCGGGGAGAUCAGAGUAACAGCCUUUGACAAGGAAGUGGACAAGUUCUUCCCUUUGCUGGAGACGGGCAAGGUGUACUACAUCUCACAGUUCAAAGUAAAGGACGCCUAUAAGAAGUAUAUUAGCCUGAAUAACAGCUAUGAGAUGAUCCUUCGAAGUGAGACAUCCAUCGUGCCGUGUGAGGACGACCAGGACCUUCCCAUGGUGGAGUGCGACUUCAUACCCAUCGCUCAGCUGGAGCAUAUGGAGAAGGACGACAUCAUUGAUGUGAUAGGAGUGUGUAGGAGUGUGGAUGAUCUGAGUCGUUUCACCUCUAAGACAGGUAGAGAGGAGUAUAGAAGAGACAUUCACCUGAUGGAUACCAGUGGCAAGGCGGUCGCAGUCACACAGUGGGGCGAGCAGGCAGAGAAGUUUGAUGGUUCAGUCCAGCCUAUAGUAGCUGUUAAAAGAGCUCGCCUGUCAGACUUUGGAGGCCAGUCUGUCUCUGCGAUCUUCAGCUCUGCUUCCAUGGUCAACCCUGACAUACCUGAGGCCCAUAGGCUGAGGAGAUGGUAUGAUCAGGGGGGUCAUGCUCUGGACUGCCAAUCACUGACCGAGUUGAGGCCUGCAGGAGGCGGAGCCAACACUUGCUGGAAAACACUCAGCGACGUCAAGACUGAACAACUGGGACAGGGAGACAAGGUGGAUUAUUUCAGCUGUGUAGCCACAGUGUUGUUGAGUGGUAAGGAAAGCUGUCUGUACCAGGCCUGUCUCUCUGCAGACUGUAAGAAGAAGGUGAUAGAACAACCAAAUGGACUCUACCACUGUGAGAAGUGUGACAAACAAUUCCCUAACUACAAAUACUGCGUCAUGCUGUCUGCUAACAUAGCAGACUUUAGUGAUAACCAGUGGGUGACAUGUUUCCAUGAGACAGCAGAGGGCAUUCUGGGUCACAAUGCAGAGACUCUGGGCCAGCUUAAAGAUACGGAUGAGGCAGCGUUUGACGAGGUGUUCCGGAAGGUCAACUUCACCACACACAUCUUCCGCAACAGAGUCAAGCUGGAGAUGUACAACGAUGAGUCCCGUGUGAAGGCCAUGGUGAUGGAGGUGAAACCAGUGGACCACAGAGAGUACAGCAGGAGACUCAUCAGCAACAUCAGGAAAAUGGCCGCCUAAAGAAUUUAGUUUUUUUUAUCGUGUUACUUUUUAUUUUUAUUUGACUAUUUUUAC